GUCCAAAGGCCUCCCAUUUGUAAGACGCCCAGCCUUUGCUCCCACCCCAAUUAUUUCCCUUUUCCCCUUCCAAGAUCUGACGCCCCAAUUCAACCAACCAACAAACAAACAACUCCAAUUUGCCUGUCUGUCACUGUUCGCCGUUCCUUGUUGCGCCGGAGCUAGCAAACCACCCCCAAUUGGCCGCUUAUCGGCGCUGACUUAAUCCUUCCUUCCUUCCUCCCCCCGCAACCCGACUUCACACACACAUUUGACCCCAUUAAAUCCGCGCCGCGCCGUUGGGAUAUCGCAAUGUCACAACCGGGAUCCGACGAGGAAGGGAAGAGAAAGCGGGACAAAGUGGGAGAGUUUCUGAAGAAGAAUUACAAUAAAGGUGAACUCGCCUUGAAGCAUGCCGUCGGCUUGGGUCAGACCCCCAAUGUCGUCCCUGUCACACAGCCCGUCAUCAAUGGCCCCUCACGGGUCGUUGAAGUCGGCUGGCAUCCUGUCGGUGGCCUCGCCGGCAAGUGGUUCGCCGAAGAAACGGGCCUGGGGAAGAUGAUUACAGAGAAAAUCAACAAGUAUCCCGAUCCCACUCAGCACUGGGCCGUCCUGGUCGGCGACUACGCCCACCAGCUGUGGAUGGAUGAGAGUUUUCACGUCAUCUAUACCAAUGAGCGAUACAAGCGCGAGGAAUGGCGCACUUUCACCGUCGGCGAGACAACCUUCAACGACGACGCCAUCCGUCGCGCAGGCGAAUACGUCAUUCAGAGCAUCAGAUCACGGCAGCCAGCCUACAACCUCAUCACCAAUAACUGCCAAACCUACGUCCUGGAACUCCUAGACGCCGUCAAAGUCGACGGCCACAAGGACUUUGGCACCACGCUCGCCGUGUACGAGAGACUCUUCAGCUCCGGCAAGGUCAUCGACCUCUUCUCAGACGAGCAGAAGCAGGAGCAGCAGAACCAGCUACCGAUGCUCGAGGCCCCACCACAAAGCUACGCUCUACCGCCGUCACCUGCAUCACCGCCCCCCGGCGGACCGCCAAUGUCGUACACGUUCCCGCCACCGCCCGGACAGAACCCUUAUCCGCCGCAGUAUCAGUACGGACUGCCUCCGCUACCGCCGCCUCCGGGUCCACCGCCUCCCGGGCCGCCGCCUCCAGGUCAUCCGGGCCCUCCACCACCGCCGCCACCACCACGUCCACCAGCGGGCCCGCCGCCGGGUCCUCACCCCGGAACUGUCUCGCAUGCUCAACAGGUCAUGAACGACAACACGACGCAGCUCGAUACCCAAGAAGAGGCCAGCAAGUCGAGGGGUCUCAAGAAGGAGAAAGACAAGGACAAGGAGCCGAAGAAGAGUUUCUUCUCUCGGUUUACCCGGAAAUGAGCAGAGUCAGUGGGGCGUUGUGUGUUUUGCCGUUUUUGCUGUCAUUUUCUCCAAAUCAUACCCUUUCACGGCCUUUUCUUAAUGAAGUCCGGAAGACCCGGAAACGAUACACAUAGAAGCAUUGGGGGCGAGCGGCGUUUUGAGGACAGAUGUAGGCCCAAAGAAAGCAUUGGUCGUUAUUUUACAUUAUGUUCUCUCGUCGUUGAUCGAGAGUUGGAUGCCGGAUAUCGUCGACCUUUGACCCCGCGGCAACUCUCCCCCGGAUCUGCCCCUCCUUGACUGACCCAACUGGCCCUGACCACCACAUACGACCACACCCACUGGAGAACUCGGGAUCCCGUCCGCUCUCCCAUAGAUAAGCCAGUGAGGGCCAGACUAGU